AAGUUUUUGGAAGCAAUGCGUUCAGCUGCUAUUUUCAUAAACUUGAAAAAUCUAGAGUAAUACGUUUGGAGGUACCGUUAAAGAUCAUCAGGGAGCGAAUUCAACGAAAAUCACAACGCUCUGUACGAAAAUGGCCGCUGAACUCAAUGCUUCGAAAUCAACAAUGCACAAUGUACUCAAACACGUCUUAGGAUGUCAAGCUUUUCAAGAACCGCAAAGUUCAAGGAGCUUCGGAAGCUUCCGAGAAGAAACAGUUUGAAAGGUUUAUCACGGCACGUUGGACAAGACUUUGUCCUUCCGGAUGAAAAGAUAUUUUCUUGCAACCGUCUCACAAUAUCCAAAACGACAGAUUGUUGGCAUACCUGUCCGAGAAAUAUCCCAGAUAGUGACAGAAACAUUCCACAGUUUCCAAACGCCGCAUGGUCUGGAAAGGCCCCAUUGUUCGGCGCUCUCUCACAACCACUAUUGGAGUCAUCACUCGAACAAACCAUAGAUAAUCAACAGCAACGUGCCUCAAUACCUUACGAAUCAACUGAAGACAAACCUCCAAAAUGCCAUGAUGAUUCCACAGAGUACAGCCAGGAGGAAAGCGAUGAAAAAAUAUUCGACCUACUGCUAAAAAUAUUACGAGUUUUAGAUGAGCAAGCAUAUCGGGAUGCUGAAAGGGCUCGCAGAUUACAGAUGCAUCGUGCUACAAAUGUAAUAAACAACAGUUACCAACACAGCAACAGUAACGAAGAGUCGGAUAGUGAUUAUGUCAAUUAAUGUUUUUCUUAAAAAAAGCUCCUUGUUUCGUACGAUUAGAACAAAAAGGAUUAUGUCUGACAUUCAAACUUAAAUUAAAGUUUUGAAAAAAGGAAUGUGUUAGUAGCUAACUUGUUUAACUGAUCAUACUUUAUUCCAAAUUAAGUUAGGAAUCCGGAUUGCAUGAUUUCGAUCGAACAUCACAGCAUAAGAACAAUAGAUGGUGUACUUAAUAAAUCAACGUACAUCUUGCAGUUCAGCCAGGCCAAUUAGAUUGUAUAAUGAAAAUCCAUUAAAAUAAUCACAACUCUAAAACGACUAAUUUAGGCAAAAUGGGGUCGUGAUAUAGAUUGUCAAUUUACGAGCAAUAACCGAUGCAAACUUGAACUGAGAGAGGUCGUGCAGAAUUACAAAAAAAAACAUUAUUUGAGUCUUCAUCAACGUCACAAUUUAUUGGAUUGCUUAUCUCGCGAAUUUCAACGGAAAACGCGUCAACUUCCUCGACAAACGCAUAUUUUACACACAACCAGACGGCCUCAAUAACUCAUUCGUUUUAUCAACUAGCUGUCCAAUCAUGUUAGUUAGAAUUUAAAAAAGGUUUCACAUUAGGACUUCAUAUACUUACAGAUAAGACGGAAUAACGCUUUUACUAUAGAAUGUGUUCUAUAGUAUGCAUAUGUCAAUAUUAAUUUCGUA